AUAACCUUUACGCUGCGCCGAGGGUUUUAUAUGCAAGUAAUAUCGUGUCUACGUACUCGACUUAUUUGGCGCGCGUCAAGUGUUGGCGAUGUCACGAAGUCGUCCGUGGAAUAUGAAACGAAUUGCUAAGUGUUAAAGUCGUAUUUAGAUUCUUUUUCGUGUUUUCACAGCUAUACAGACAAGAUGUGUGACCGCAAAGCGGUGAUAAAAAAUGCUGACAUGAGCGAGGAGAUGCAGCAGGAUGCUGUGGACUGCGCGACGCAGGCCCUCGAAAAGUUCAACAUUGAGAAGGAUAUAGCUGCCUUCAUCAAGAAGGAAUUUGACAAGAAGUACAACCCAACAUGGCAUUGCAUCGUUGGAAGGAACUUUGGCUCGUAUGUGACGCACGAGACGCGUCAUUUCAUCUACUUCUAUCUGGGCCAAGUUGCGAUACUCCUCUUCAAGAGCGGUUAGGCCGCCUCCCCGUUCCGUCUAAAUUUUAUGUUGUUAGUGGCAGACUCGGACCGUGGCUUCAUCCUGACCGCUCACCCGCAGUGCUGGGAGCGGUUGGGAGGCCUGUGUGUGUGAUUGCUCAUCUCUGACGCACCUCACUCGUACGUUUGUACCGUUAGCUACUCUUAAGAAGUUCACUCGGGUAACAUUCACUUCUAGUGUAUUUAUGUAUUUAUAUUUGAGGGAAAUUUUAGUUAAUUACUAGACUGUACCUAGCGUAGCAUAAAGUCAUAUGUUAGUACUUACCUAAAUUUAUUGUUUAAUUUUUCUUUGUUAAUUCUUCACUGGAGAUAUUUUCGAAACUUCUAUUAUUAUUAAACUUUCUUAAUAA